AUGGAGCGCUCUAAUCAACAGGGAGUCAGCACAUUUUCCCACAAUCCUCCUUUCUCUUUUUCUGAAACCCACAGAAGACGUCAAGCCACAGAAGCAACAGGAGACGUCAGGCCACAGAAUCAACAGGAGACGUCAGGCCACAGAAGCAACAGGAGACGUCAGGCCACAGAAGCAACAGGAGACGUCAGGCCACAGAAGCAACAGGAGACGUCAGGCCACAGAAGCAACAGGAGACGUCAGGCCACAGAAUCAACAGGAGACGUCAGGCCACAGAACCAACAGGAGACGUCAGCCCACAGAACCAACAGGAGACGUCAGGCCACAGAAGCAACAGGAGACGUCAGGCCACAGAAGCAACAGGAGACGUCAGGCCACAGAAGCAACAGAAGACGUCAAGCCACAGAAGCAACAGGAGACGUCAGGCCACAGAAGCAACAGGAGACGUCAGCCCACAGAACCAACAGGAGACGUCAGCCCACAGAACCAACAGGAGACGUCAGCCCACAGAAGCAACAGGAGACAUCAGCCCACAGAACCAACAGGAGACGUCAGGCCACACAAGCAACAGGAGACGUCAGGCCACAGAAGCAACAGGAGACGUCAGGCCACAGAAGCAACAGAAGACGUCAGCCCACAGAACCAACAGGAGACGUCAGCCCACAGAACCAACAGGAGACGUCAGCCCACAGAACCAACAGGAGACGUCAGGCCACAGAAGCAACAGGAGACGUCAGGCCACAGAAGCAACAGGAGACGUCAGGCCACAGAAGCAACAGAAGACGUCAAGCCACAGAAGCAACAGGAGACGUCAGGCCACAGAAGCAACAGGAGACGUCAGCCCACAGAACCAACAGGAGACGUCAGCCCACAGAACCAACAGGAGACGUCAGCCCACAGAAUCAACAGGAGACAUCAGCCCACAGAACCAAUAGGAGACGUCAGGCCACAGAACCAACAGGAGACGUCAGCCCACAGAACCAACAGGAGACGUCAGGCCACAGAACCAACAGGAGACAUCAGCCCACAGAACCAACAGGAGACGUCAGCCCACAGAACCAACAGGAGACGUCAGCCCACAGAACCAACAGGAGACGUCAGCCCACAGAACCAACAGGAGACGUCAGGCCACAGAACCAACAGGAGACGUCAGCCCACAGAAGCAACAGGAGACAUCAGCCCACAGAACCAAUAGGAGACGUCAGGCUACAGAAGCAACAGGAGACGGCAGCCCACAGAACCAACAGGAGACAUCAGCCCACAGAACCAACAGGAGACGUCAGCCCACAGAACCAACAGGAGACGUCAGGCCACAGAAGCAACAGGAGACGUCAGGCCACAGAACCAACAGGAGACGUCAGCCCACAGAAGCAACAGGAGACGUCAGCCCACAGAAGCAACAGGAGACGUCAGCCCACAGAACCAACAGGAGACGUCAGCCCACAGAACCAACAGGAGACGUCAGCCCACAGAACCAACAGGAGACGUCAGCCCACAGAACCAACAGGAGACGUCAGGCCACAGAAGCAACAGGAGACGUCAGGCUACAGAAGCAACAGGAGACGUCAGGCCACAGAAGCAACAGGAGACGUCAGGCCACAGAAGCAACAGGAGACGUCAGGCCACAGAACCAACAGGAGACGUCAGCCCACAGAAGCAACAGGAGACGUCAGGCCACAGAACCAACAGGAGACGUCAAGCCAGAGAAGCAACAGGAGACGUCAGGCCACAGAACCAACAGGAGACGUCAGGCCACAGAACCAACAGGAGACGUCAAGCCAGAGAAGCAACAGGAGACGUCAGGCCACAGAACCAACAGGAGACGUCAGCCCACAGAACCAACAGGAGACGUCAGCCCACAGAACCAACAGGAGACGUCAGCCCACAGAAGCAACAGGAGACGCGUGA